ACCUUUAAUAUUUAAUUAGAAACUAGCCUAUGUUAUUUUUAUAAUUUCUUUGAGUAAGGACGAGCAUGAUGUUAAUAGAACUGUAAAUUAUUAUCUGUUUAAAUAGAUAUUACAUACUUAUUGAGUAUGAGAAUUAUCCAGGUUUGAAUAUUCCAGAUUAGGGAUACAUGUUAUGGGUUUCAACAUGAAUAUUUCUGAAGCUGAAAGUGUAUGUAGAUAUUUGAGGAGCAGAGAGAUACAAAUGUUACCAAAUAACGAAUGGCUUCUUAACUGCAUGGAUUGGUACAGAUCCCACCCAGAAUUGGUCCAGGUCUACGGCUCUCAACAGGAGUAUGUUUGUAUCCAGUGGUUGUUGGCUGAUCUACAAGAUGUGCAGCAAGGUUGUCUGCCAACCAACUGUAACAAUGGAAACUUGGAGUUGAGUGGGAAAUAUACAGUUCAGAUAAACUGGAUACGUGACAUAGGUCAGUCUUGCUACUCACAACUGCGAGCAGCGCAGAACAUAAAUGAGGCUGAAAGCAAUGAUAGUGUGUCAGCUGAUGAACCUAAGAAACAGAGCUGGGAGCCCAACCCUAAGAGAGUGUUGAUGAUGGAGAUUUCCGAUGGCUUAACCACUUUAAAGGCCAUGGAGUACGCCCCAAUUCCAAAGUUGACUGAACCAUUUCUUCCUGGUCUCAAG